AUGGAUGAAAGCUCACAAUCAUGGGAAGAUCUCAUCAUGAGUCACAUGAACGACACUGCAUUCCAAUCACGAACCUGCAAGAUCUAUAAUAAUAAAUUGAGUCGUCCUGCCAUAUCAGAUAAGUUAUGUCCUUGUGGUCGUAUGGUUCGUUGCCAUAGUUUCACUGAUGAAUCUCUAGAAUCCAAAGAAGCAAAGCAAGGAAAUACUAAAUGGGAACCUCCGAAGGUAUUUCUCAACAUGACUCAUUCUGCUAAAGUGCCUAUCAAUGUUUAUGGAACAUUGCAAUCUACCGGUUGUAAAUUUCUUCGAACAGAUCUUCGAUUACCAAUUAAAAAUUUAUUCCAAUUAAUUCUUGAAGAUUGUGAAAAACAGAAACCAGCUCUCAUCCUAAGUAUUUAUGGUGGAGCCAAAUAUUUUACUAUGACAGAACGUCUUGAAAAAGAAUUUAUAAGAGGUGUUAUUGAUGCUGCUACUAUGGCCAAUGCAUGGAUUCUUACUGCCGGCGUCAAUAAUGGUAUAUCAAAAUUGGUCGGUGAAGGUAUUUCACAUUAUCGUCUCUUACGAGAAUAUUCGAUUAAAGUGAAAUGUAUUGGAAUGACUAUGUGGAGUACAAUAGAUGAUAAUACACGUCUUGACCUUAAAAAUGCGUCAAAAGGACACCCACCACCAUUAUGUAAACGACAAAUUCCAGAAAAUACUCAAGAAGAUAAAGAAACAAUCGAACCGAAUCAUACACAUUGUAUCUUAUUCGAUGGUGGUAAAUUGAAUGAAUAUCUCAGUGAUACACAGCGUCAUCAAUUUGUUACUGAAGCAUGCAAAUAUAAAGAUCAAGAUAAAGAGAAUGAUCAUACAUGUUAUGCUGUAACAAUUAUCGUCGAAGGAGGUACGGGUAGUCUUGAAGUUCUUGAAAAUGAUAUUGAAGAAAAACGACCAAUUGUUCUAAUUCAAGGUAGUGGUCGUUUAGCCGAUGUACUCGCUCUGCUAGUCGAACAGACAUCAAAUCCUGAUCAAAAUCAACAUUGGAUUCCAUCAAAACAAGAAAUUAAACAAGCUCUUGAUAGAUUUUAUCCUAAUAUUCCUGAUUCAGAUGUUUCUUCAACAAUAGGACGAAUUGAAAAAAUUUUAAAAGAAGAAAAUCGUUAUCUAUUACAUGUCUUCUCUAUGGAUCGUGAUAAAAAUGUAGCUGAAACGAUUUUCGAGGCUAUAUUUACUGGUAUUCAUAAAACUAAAGUAGAUGAUCAGAAAAAUACGAGUGAAUCAUUGGAACAAGAAAAACAACGUCGAACAGAUGAAGAUAUACUAGUAGAUUUAGCACUUGAAUGGAAUUAUUUUGAUGGUGUGUCACCAAUAUUAUACGCGCGACAAGGUGAUAUGGUGAAGAAAAGAAAAGAUUUCAUAGAGGAAUAUAUUCAUGAAAAAUUUACUGCUGAACAUGAUGAUGAAGACAAUGAAAUUCCAUCACGUUCUUCAAAUCAUCAAAGUGAAAUGAUCGGUCAAGGUCCAUCAAAUAUAAUUGCAACAACAAUUAGUAAACGUCUUACACCACCCAAUAAAAAUCGAGAAGCUGUUCCUAUAAGAAAAAUACUUUCUCAUUGUAAGAAUAUUUCAACAAAGAAAACAAUAGUUUUUAACAAGCAAUUAAAUUUUAAAGAUAUUCGACUUCAUGGUCGUCGAAAUGAUAUUCCAAAAGAUAAUGAUUUAUCUGAUAGUUAUUCAAUUAUGUCUGCAGAUUCGAUAGAACCAAAUGAUAGUAAUGAAGUAUUAAAAAAACCUAAAACAUUCAAUCAAUAUAGUCCUAGAAGAAACUUUUUAAAUAUAAAAAAUACACCAAAAGCAUCAUUAUUAGAUAUAGGUGACACAGAUGUAAGAGAUUUUUUAUCCGCUUCACCGACACCAAGUAGAAAACAAGGACAUUCGAUUAGAAGAAUUGAUUUAACUGAAGAACAAUCAAUGAAACUUCGUCCAAGUGCAUUUCUAAAUUUUGAAGAAUAUGAUACAUUGGAUUUAAGUACAUUUAUUAUAAAACCUGUACGUAAUCAAGAAUCUUUUGAUCAAUUAUCUGAACUUCGUCUUAUUAAUAUUUGUUUUAUUAAUAUUAUUUUAACUGAUUAUAAAAUCAAACAAUUACCAUUUAAAUUACAAACAGUUAUUGAUUGUUGUGCUGAACAAAUUUCAAUUACAAAUGGUUUAUUAACGAAAGUUUUUAUGUUUGAUAAAGGUCUUAGUCUUUUAUGUGCUUUUGGAAUGCCUGGAUAUAAACAUCCAGAUGAUGCCGAACGAGCGUUAAAAUUUGGUUUUCUUAUAACUCAAAGAUUAGAAAAACUAAAUUUUGUGGCACGAGUUAGUACUGGAGUUUCUACUGGACAAACAUUUUGUGGUGUGCUAGGACAUCCACUUCGAUGUGAAUAUACAGUCAUUGGUAGAAAAGUUAAUAUGGCUGCUCGUUUAAUGGUUAAUUAUCCUGGUAUAGUUUCAUGUGAUGAUGAAACUUAUCAUAAAGCUCAUCUUGAAGAACGUUAUUUUGAACUUUUACCAACAGUACCAUUAAAAGGUCUUACUGUUUCUACAAGUAUGCGUCGAUAUAAAGGACAAGAUGAUGAUCAAAAUAAUACGAGUGUAUUUGUAUUUCCAAUAAUAAAUCGUGAAGAUGAAUGGAAUAUAAUAUUAGAAUAUAUUGAAGAAGUCAUGAAACAUUCUUGUACAACAAUUCAUUGUAUAUUUUUAACUGGUUCAACAGGUGUUGGUCGUUCACGUUUACUUGCACAUAUUAAUGAAGAAUUAAUGUAUGAUACACAAAAUAUACGUCGAGUUUCAUAUAAUGCUAGUUUUGAACAUGUACAAUUAUUUGGUUAUGCACUUAAACAAUUAUUUAAAAAAUUAUUAUAUACAGAAUUACAAGAAUCUGAUGCACUUGUAAAAGUAUUAAAAUCACUUUUACCAAAUCAUGAAAAAUAUUUAUAUUUAUUACGACCAUUUUUUGAUAAACUUAGUGUUGAAAGUGAUAAAUUAACAGGAAUUUUAAAAAGAAAAAUGCUUGAAGAAAUUAUUCGUGAACUUAUUAUUAAUGCAACAGAUCCAACUUAUGAAAUAUUUAAUUACCAACCACAACCAACAGUUUUUAUUAUUGAUGAUGCUCAAUAUAUCGAUAAAGAAUCUUGGCAAUAUCUUAAUCUUCUUGGUUCAGCUCCAACGUCUCUUCUUGUAAUGGCAAUGAGAGAUCCAACAUUAAAUGAUGAUGAAUUUCAUACACGUAUGGUUACACGUCGAGAUUUACCAACAACAAAACAUAUUCAACUUAUGGGUUUCGAUUAA